UAUCAAUACAAGUGUUAAAAACUAUUGUGACGUAAAAAAAAAUUUAUUUAUUAAUCUAAUGUAAAGAAUUUGUAUAUUUAUAGAAUUUUCUUAAUUUUUGCUGUAUAUAUAUAUCGGAACUUAACACACAAGUAAAUUACUUAAAAUUUUAUUUAAGUUAUUUUCAGCAACAUAUUGUCAUCUAAUUAAUAAUAAAAAAUGAUAUUCACACAUUUGUUUUCGCUGUUUCUGAUAGCUACUAGUAUUUUAACAGUAAAUGCUCAAUAUUUCUGGCCUGGAUAUGAAGGAUCAACAGCUCGUGAUCGGGUAAUUUGGCCCAAAUUUGAUGAAGUAACAACUCCUCGUAAUCGGAUUUCUUUGCCCAAUCAACAAAUUGUAUCCAAUUUUGAUACCAAAUUUACUAAUGACUUGCAAAUAUUCGCUAACAAUUUAUACAAGAUAGCGUCGAAGAACAAUAUAAAAAACGUUUUAUUAUCUCCAUUUAGUGCAAAUAUAGCCCUAGGUAUGCUUGCCUCAGGUGCUGAAGGUAUAACUAAAUCUGAAAUACUCCAAUCUCUUAAUUUCCCAGCAAAUGAUCAUCUGAUGAAAUCUAAUUAUAAAUAUCUUAUCGAAAAUAUAAUGAAUGUUCAAGGUGCAACACUUAAAACUUUGAACAAAGUAUUCAUUAAUACUAACCUAGAUGUAAAACAAACAUUCAAAGACGUAUUAUCACAUAAUUUUCACACAGAGGAACAACAAGUGGAUUUUUUCUAUUCUGAACAAGCAGCAAACUAUAUUAAUACAUGGGUAUCGAGAGAAACAAAUGAAAAAAUCAAAAAUAUUUUUGAAGCCAACGAACUAAAUAAUAGGACACUCAUGAUCCUCACAAACGUCAUUUACUUUAAAGGCGAAUGGAAUUUUAAAUUCGACGAAUUUAUAGAUAGAUAUUUUUAUAGUGGAAAUGAAAAAACUUCAGUAGAAAUGAUGAUUAAAAAUAGUGAAUUUGAAAUUAAAAAUCUUCCUGACAUACAUGCUCAAUCCAUUGAAUUGCCAUACAAGGGUGGUGAACUUAAAAUGAUUAUCAUACUUCCUAAUAAUAUUAACGGUCUUAAACAAGUUGAAAAAAGAUUAGAAACAAUGGACCUUAAAACUUUAAGACAGAAUCGUAGAAAUGUCAGUGUCACUUUGUAUUUACCGAAAUUCCGUGUUGAAAGUACCAUUGACAUGAAUGUAAUUUUACAAGAGAUGGGAAUGAGAACAAUGUUCACGGAUUCGGCAAACUUUAAAACUAUUUCAGAUAGCGAAAUGAAUGUGAGUAAAAUUAUGCAGAAAAUCUUUAUUGAAGUCAAUGAAAAUGGUGCCGAAGCUGCUGCAGAUACAAUGGUUGACAUGAUCAUCCCACACAUGCUGACACCAACAUUUGAUGUUAAUCGACCGUUUCAUUAUAAAAUUAUUAGAACAAUUGGUGAAGAUGAUGGUGUUGUAUUAUUUGCUGGAAACUGCAAAUAUAUACAAUAAUUUACAAGUUAAAUUAAAUUUAUUAAUUCAUUUAUUUAAAAAAAAGAUCUCUUUUUAUAUUUUUUAAAUAUAUAUAUAUAUAAAAAAGAAUUAUGUAUCUAUAUUAUCUGUGUAAUAAUUCUUUGAAAAUAAAAUUAAUUAUCAAAUAUUUAUUUAAAUAA